AUGAGGUGUGAUUACUGCCCUGAUGGAAAGGAGGUCGCAGAUGACAUGGUGAGCUGUAAAGACGAGACUUUUCUAGGCCUCACGGAGAUCCAAUGGGCAGCAAUUGGCACUGGCUUGGCAGCCUGUUCGAUUCUUGCAGGUGCAUUCCUGACCUUGUGCAGAUGUUGCAAGACUGAUGGAGACAAGCAAACACCAAGUCCUAGCCCAACCACAUCGGAGAUUCCAGUGGUUCAAGCAGUGCAAAUAGGAUCGCGUCCAGUGUCAGAGGGCACUUCCCCCCCAACAAGGUGGUCGUUGAUGUCAGUGGAAUGUCCUAUGCAGCCGCAUCACCGCCUGCUACGUUCUCAGACCCAUACUCACAAGAUUUCAUUGAACAGAUGGACGAAAUAA